AUGGAAAAAACAAAAGAAAAAAUAUUCGUACCCAAUGAUGGUGAUCAUGAAGGAGAAUUCAAUAAAAAAUUGUCGUGGAAGCCACAAAAGGCUUCUACCAAGCCACAGAAGGCUUCUACCAAGCCACAGGAAGCUUCUACCAAGCCACAGGAGGCUUCUACCAAGCCACAGAAGGCUUCUACCAAGUCACAGAAGGCUUCUACCAAGCCACAGAAGGCUUCUACCAAGCCACAGAAGGCUUCUACCAAGCCACAGAAGGCUUCUACCAAGCCACAGAAGGCUUCUACCAAGCCACAGAAGGCUUCUACCAAGCCACAGAAGGCUUCUACCAAGCCACAGAAGGCUUCUACCAAGCCACAGAAGGCUUCUACCAAGCCACAGAAGGCUUCUACCAAGCCACAGAAGGCUUCUACCAAGCCACAGAAGCCAAUCACAACUUUAAAGCCAGAUUUGACCAACAAAAAUUGA